AUGAAUCAACCACCCAUGAUAUAUCACCAUCCUCUCCAGCACCAGCAACAACAGCAACAGCUUCACCAGCAGCAGCUUCAGGUCCAACAUCUCCCACAGAACCAGCAGCAGCAGCUUCCCGUGUCCUCGUCCGUUGUCGCCCCCCACGCGUCGGCUGCAUAUUACCAGAAUGCCUCACAGCCAGGCACUCACCAUAUGCCGUACUAUCAGAAUCCAAACCCAAGCGCCUAUUCUCAGGCUGCGGCAUCCUUCCAGCACCAGCACCAGCACCAGCAACAGCAACAGCAUCAACAACUUCAGCAGCACCAUCACCAGCAGCAACCACAACCGCAACCGCAGCCUCAGCCUCAGCAGCAACCACAGCAUCUCCCCCAGCAGCAUCAGGUCGGGGUCGUUCCACAGCAUGCUGUUCCCGGGAGCGUGGCUCCCAUGAUGGUCUCUGCUGCACCCAUUCCUCACGUUGUUCACCAUUGGUGGCCCUCCACUCCCAACCCUGAUGCACCAAGUAGAUCUGCCUAUCUCGUCUGGCCAGUGUGGUCAGGAUGGAUGAAUGGAUGCGCUAUCACACCCUCCCUCUUUCUUGAUACCUUCUCGGGAUUUGUCUUUUUUUCUUUUCCCUUCACCACUCAGCCAUUUGCAAACUCGGUGCCCCAGGCAGCACACCCCCAGCCUGUCGUGGACGAUAUCUCAACCCGUUCGCCUUCAGCUGACCCUCAAGCCCACAGCAGCAUGGCGGCCAUGCCUACGUCGAAGGCUAUGUAUUCAACGCCAAACCGCUCCACAGCUGCCCAGGUCCACGCCCAUGCGCAGCCACAGCCGCAGGCCUCACCUGUCUACCAGACGCCCAACACGCUCUCCCCGCAAGCGGCCGCCCGUGAGCGUGCCCGUGUCACGAUCCUUCUGGACAUCAACUCAGCUUUGUUGCAAGAGGUCGUAAACUUACAGGCAAGCGGCAAGGCCGGGCCAGCUUCGAACCAGCCCAGCGCUACUGGUUCGCCCUCCUCGCCCCAGGAUACUCAAAAGUCUAGCAAUGGCCCAGACAGCGCAAAGCCAGCCGCCCCAGCCGGAAAGCCUAGCCAGGAAUACGUAGAUUGCAUGCGUCGGCUUCAGGCAAACCUCGCCUAUCUCGCAACUGUGGCAGACCGCGCAAAGAAGACCGGUGCCACGGGUCCACAGACUCCCGCGAUCAUGACACCACCACCACACCUCCCGUCGGUUAACCAGCUAUAUGCUUCACUUAACGAGCUCUUUACCAACACCGCUCCAACACCGCAGGCUGGCAUCGGUAGCCCACUUACGCCCAUGCAGCAACAGCAACAGCAGCAACAACAACUCUAUCGACAGCGUCAGGGCCAGAUGCAGAUGCUCCAACAGCCUGACUUUUCCUACCCCGGCUCUGCUGCUGGGUGA